AUGCUUUCAAUAGAAAAAGAAAAUUCAAGAGUUGCUACAACUAAACCAUUAGAUGAACUUUUUACUAAUGUCGGUCAAAAGUUUGAGACAGAGACCGUAAAGCAUGAAGGCUAUCGUUUUGACUACCCGUUAAGAUGGUUAAGAGACCCAUCCGUCACAAAAGCUAUUGGCUUUCGUAGAAUGAAGUUCAUUUCAGAAGCCAUACAUGGUUUCCCAUUUACGGUCGGUUUUGAAGUUCGAUACUAUAACAAAGAAAAACGUAUGUAUGAGAAAUUUGAACAGGGAAAACUUUUACAAGUGAAUUUGCUUGUAAACUUAGAAACAACUCUUCAAGCUUUUCAAGAAAAAAUAAACGACAUCUAUAUCGAAUAUGCAAAGCAGUAUAACAUUGACGAAGGAGAGUACCAUCUCGAUAUUAUAUAUGACAGGAAAAAUGCAACUGUUAAAAUCAAUAGAAUAGAAGACCUUGGAGAAAACGUUUAUAUUUCUACAAAAUAUAACAACUUGGCAUGGUAUAGAUUUAUGAGGAUGUUAAAUCAGCCUGCAGAAUAUCCAGUACACCCGGACUUUUAUGAAGUCGAAAACCCUAAUGGAACAUAUGAAAAUGUUUUCGACUCAGAUGCUAUUAUC